GUGAUGUGGAGACCCCAAGCUUUGUGUUUCACUUCAUGGAUCACAGACACCGGAAUUCUGUGUUUAACAUUCUUCCAGUUAGCAGACUCUGAACCUGCCUGUGAGCUUGGUGAAAGGUGUGUUGAGGAGAGUGAUGAAAACUUGAGCAUCUGGUAUGUGUGGUUCCUGCUGCUGUUUUUCCUGGCCUUGCUCCUGUCCUGUGGGAUCCUCUUCUGCCUCCAGUGUUGGCUGAAGCAGCGGAGCUACCUUCCCCACCAGCGUACCCUGGCCGUGUUUGCACUCAGCAACUCUGAUGCCUUUUGCGUGAGUGAAGCACCUCAGUGUCCAUUUUCUGGAUCUCCAAGUUCCUGUGUGAAUGCAGAAGUGUCUUCUUCUCCUGCCCUGUGUUUCAGCCUUGGAGAAGCUGAGUUGCCUCCAUCCUAUGAGGAUAUUAUGAAGGGAAAUAAACUCUAG